AUGCCGUCCGACGCGAAGAAGAAACAGCAACAGAAGAAGAAGGAGGCAGCAAAGGCUAGACAGUCUGGCAAGAAGCAGCCUCAGACUAAUCCGAGCAAGACUGGAGAGGACGGCAAGGAGUCCGGAGUGGGAGUCAUUGAGAAUGGAACUAAUGGAACGCCUAUCAGCACCGAAGAGGCACUGUGUUUGAAACUGGAGGCAGAUGCCAGACUGAACGCAGAGGCACGCUCCUGCACGGGAUCCUUGGCUUCCCAUCCACGGAGUCGAGAUAUAAAGAUAUCCAACUUCUCGAUCACUUUCCAUGGCUGUGAACUACUACAGGACACCAUGCUGGAGUUGAACUGCGGCAGACGUUACGGUCUGUUGGGACUCAAUGGCUCUGGGAAAUCGACUUUGCUAGCUGUACUUGGAAACCGAGAAGUUCCUAUUCCCGAUCAGAUCGAUAUAUUUCACUUGACCAGAGAAAUGCCUGCCAGCAAUAAAACUGCUUUGGAAUGCGUGAUGGAGGUGGACGAGGAACGCGUGCGAUUAGAGAAACUGGCUGAGGAAUUGGUCGAAUGCGCCGAGGAGGACGCCCAGGAGCAACUGAUGGACGUAUACGAAAGGCUAGAGGACAUGUCUGCGGACACGGCGGAAGCUCGCGCAGCUCACAUCCUACACGGUUUGGGUUUCACUGCGAAAAUGCAGAAAACGCCUACCAAAGACUUCUCCGGUGGCUGGCGCAUGAGAAUCGCUCUCGCCAGAGCGUUGUACGUGAAGCCUCAUUUAUUGCUAUUAGAUGAGCCAACGAAUCAUUUGGAUCUUGACGCUUGCGUCUGGCUCGAAGAGGAGCUGAAAACUUACAAAAGAAUCUUGGUCAUCAUUUCUCAUUCCCAAGAUUUCCUUAACGGCAUCUGUACAAAUAUCAUACACGUGAACAAGAAGCAGUUGAAGUAUUAUACUGGUAACUACGAAGCGUUCGUCAAGACGCGGAUGGAAUUGUUAGAGAAUCAGGCGAAGCAGUAUAAUUGGGAACAGGAUCAGAUUGCUCAUAUGAAAAAUUACAUCGCCCGGUUUGGUCACGGUUCCGCGAAGCUGGCCAGACAGGCACAGUCAAAGGAAAAGACGCUGGCGAAAAUGGUAGCGCAAGGCCUCACAGAGAAGGUGGUUAACGAUAAAGUUCUCAACUUCUAUUUUCCCUCUUGCGGCACCAUCCCGCCGCCGGUCAUCAUGGUUCAGAACGUCAGUUUUCGUUACAACGAAGAUUCGCCUUGGAUCUACAAGAAUCUAGAGUUUGGUAUAGAUCUGGACACCAGGCUCGCUCUGGUCGGCCCGAACGGUGCUGGAAAGAGCACCCUGUUGAAAUUGCUGUACGGAGAUUUGGUUCCAUCCAGUGGUAUGAUACGUAAAAACAGUCAUCUUCGAAUCGGGAGGUAUCAUCAGCAUCUGCAUGAGCUGUUGGACUUGGACAUGUCACCUCUGGAUUAUAUGAUGAAAGCUUUCCCGGAUGUUAAGGAGAGAGAAGAGAUGAGAAAGAUCAUCGGCCGUUAUGGUCUGACCGGUCGUCAACAGGUAUGUCCGAUAAGACAAUUGUCCGACGGACAACGUUGCAGAGUCGUGUUCGCGUGGCUGGCUUGGCAAGUACCUCAUCUAUUGCUGCUUGACGAACCUACCAAUCAUUUAGACAUGGAAACGAUCGACGCGUUGGCAGAUGCCAUAAAUGACUUUGACGGUGGAAUGGUGCUCGUGUCUCACGACUUCAGAUUAAUCAAUCAAGUGGCAGAAGAGAUUUGGGUGUGCGAAAAUGGAACGGUUACAAAAUGGAGUGGAAACAUUUUAAACUACAAGGAACAUCUGAAAUCGAAAGUGCUCAGCGACAACCAGAAGAGGCAGAAGGAAAUGUACAAAAGCAAAUAAUUCGGCCCACUCCAUUUUUUUUUUCAAGUGUACACCGCCUUCUCUCCAAUUCUGUCCGUUCUAGCAAUUUCUGUCUGCCCUGUCUCGUUUCGGACACUUAAUUAGCUGACACUGCGCUGCUGUGUAGCGUUCGUCAGCGGUCGAGGAUUUCUUAGUUAAUUUAUUUAAGCGAAUGAACUGUGAAUUACUGUGACGAUAUUGAUUCGUGGUAGAAUUUUACUAUUUACCGUUGAACCGGGAGUCCGACGUGAUUCAUUGUACUGUGAGAAAACUAUAAUUUGACAUAUACGCAUAUAUAAAAUAGAUUGCUACAGAAUACUGCGGAAAUAAAACACAUUUAAGUAUUAUUAAAACACAUCCAAUACUCGAAUUAUUCACUUUAUGCGAUUCAGCUCUUUACUACAAAGUCCUAUUUAACUAUAAAUUAAUUUGAUUCUCGGUAUAUAUAAAAAUAUAUAUAUAUAGAUGUGUACAAACAGUUAUAAAUACUUAAUACGAUCGAAGGAGAAACGAUUACAUUUUUCGCGAAAUAGAAUUUUUCAUCUCAGGUAUACCGUUUAAAAAAAUAUUCUUUAAUAGUAACAUCAUGGAAGACUUGAACGUCUCGUACCGAUCAUAUCACACGAAGUAUAUCUCCAGUGUUUUUUAAUCGUGUAAAGUGUUGUCAAAUAUAUAGAUCUAUACUUAUGAUAUUUUUUAAUACGUCACGAAAAGUAAUGUACGCAUUUUUGUAACGACUAUAUACUUACACGAGAAUGUAACGCACUAGAGGAAAAGAAAGGGAACUCGACUCCCGUCGUCGUGUUUUGGAUCUUGGCAUAAUAAAAGGAGAAGAAAAAGGAA